CACACACGCACACACUACACACAAAGCAGUGAAGGCUAUGGUGGGUUGAAGACGCACGCGGACCUCCAGCGAGCUCGUUCCCAGUGUGAUUGACCUGCAGGCGGUGUACCGUGUCGUGAGAAGAUGUCUGUGAACGAGGUGUUUGUGUUCCGGCCCUUCAAGCUGAUCGCUCUGCUGUGCGUCUUCCUGGCGCUGUGUUUGGACGUGGUGGCUCUGCUGAGCCCAGCCUGGGUCACCGCGGACCACUUCUCCCUGUCCCUGUGGGAGUCCUGCUCCCAGUCCGCGGCACGGGAUCCGACGGAGGAGGCUCAGUGGAGCUGCUUCUCCACCCUCACAUCUGACUGGCAGAUUGCCACCCUGGUGCUGCUGGUUGCCGGUGCUGUGGCAACUCUCCUGGCCUUUCUGGUGGCCCUGAUUUCCCUCUGCAGGGGGACACACAGGCGCCACUACCACACCGUGGCCGUGUUGCUCUUCACUGCAGUGGUUCUGCAGUCCUGCGCUCUGGUCCUCUACCCGAUCAAGUUCAUCGAUGGAACAGUUCUCCAGACCUAUCACGAGUUCAACUGGGGCUACGGGCUCGGCUGGGGAGCCACCAUCUUCAUGCUGGGUGGCGGGAUCCUCUUCUGCCUGCGGACGGACGUAUACGAGGACGCAAUGUACUGAGUCCUUUCUCAAACCCACACACACACACACACACACACACACAGAAUUCCCAUACAGGAGGUGUGCUACUUUUCUUCACUCUGCGCACAGCUUGUGUGCACGCGAGCACAGACACCGUCUCUCUCUUUCUCCUGCUCUCUCUGUUAUUUUUAGACCGGUUGUGAAGGCCCAAUUUAGGCCAGGGCCUUUUAUGAAUAAGACGCCCAGAACCCCUCCUCCCAUGCAGCCAGCAGGUCCCUCAGCCCUGCCGGUAUCAGGGAUGAGGCGGGCAGAGCUAAAGCACAGAGAGCUUUCCGGACAGGCAUGAGCCACCGAUGCUGGACGUUUCCACCGCACGUUGACCUGGAUCUCUAUUGUUAGAGAAGUGGGACAGUAGAUUCUGAGCACAGACCUGAAUGUGCAGUGACUGAACAUUUAAAGGGAUGACUGAUCUCCGCGUUUACUUUUUUAAAAUUCUUUUCUUAGCAUUUCAUGAAGACAAGCUUGUUGUUGAUGUAUUUAUGGCACACACUUCAUAAAUAUUGAUGAACUUCCCCCUCCGUGUGUUCUAGCUGAAACAUAUCUAGUAAUGCCAGGCCUUCUGAUAGUAGAACUGUAAAUUAGAUAUAUGCGACAGCUCUCGAGUGUUUAUAGUUUGUUUGCAAACUCACACUAGUCUGUCUCAAAUUCAACAUGUAAAUGUGUACAAAGUAUUUCUACAUGAAGGAAAAUCCAGAAUAAACAAUUGUAGUUUUGGGAGUGUUA